AUGGCAUCCGCUAGACGGAGAAACAAUGAGACCUCGUUAGACGAAUGUCAGUCAUCGAGCAAGCUGCCGCGGAAUGACAAGAGUCACAUAGCAGCUUUAAUUUUAGCUCGAGGGGGGAGCAAAGGGAUCCCGCUGAAAAACAUCAAGAUGCUGGCCGGGGUCCCGCUCAUCGGGUGGGUGCUGAGGGCCGCCGUGGACUCGGGAAUGUUUGACAGUGUGUGGGUAUCAACGGACCAUGACAAAAUUGAGGAAGUUGCAAAGGCAUGGGGUGCUCAGGUGCACCGGAGGAGUCCUAAAGUCUCCAGAGACUUUUCCUCAUCAGUAGAAACCAUCCAGGAGUUUCUUGAGCACCAUAAAGAGGUGGAUAUAGUUUGCCACUUCCAGGCUACAUCACCGUGUCUCCACCCGUUCCACGUGAAGGAGGCCUUAGAGAAGAUCACGCUGCACGGUUACGAUUCAGUCUUCGCAGUGGUCAGGAGACACCAGUUUCGCUGGAAGGAGGUCGAAAAAGGAUCUGGUGAGCAAACAGUGCCGUUCAAUCUGGAGCCAGCCAAACGGCCGCGGCGUCAGGACUGGCCAGGGGAGCUGUGUGAGAAUGGCUCAUUUUACUUCGCCAAAAAAGAGAUCAUUGAAAAGGAAGGACACUUGCAGGGCGGUAAGUUAACCUACUAUGAGAUGCUGCCAGAGUACAGCGUAGAUAUAGACGUGGACAUCGACUGGCCUGUGGCAGAACAGAGGGUUCUCCGGUAUGGUUACUUCGGUAAGGUCACACCAGAGGUGGUCCGCCUAAUGUUCUGCAACAUUUCCGGCUGUUUAACGGAUGGAAAGAUCUUUAUGUCUGUGUCCGGAGAGGCAAUGGUGUCUGUCAACACCAGAGACACAACUGGGCUUCGGAUGCUGCAGGAAGAGCAAGUUGAGGUCAUACUGUUGACCACAGAGAAAGACCCCAUUGACCCAGCUUUGCUUCAAAAACUUGAAGAUAGGAUAAUGUGCAAGGUCGAGAAGGUGGGAAAGGAGCCACUGAAUGAUUUGAAGUCAGUUGUUGAGAAGAAGAAGCUGGAAUGGAAGGAUGUGGCGUUCAUGGGUUUUGAUCAAGCAGAUGUGAAAUGCCUGAACCUGGCAGGGCUGAGUGCAGUACCCGACGAUGCUCCAGCUGUGGCUAAAAAGGCUGCAAAGUACAUCUGCCGCCGUGCUGGGGGAUCCGGAGCCGUGAGGGAGUUCACCGAGCACAUUCUGCUGCAGAAGCAAAUGGCAAAAUCUCAGAGGGAGCAGGACCGCAUCGACCGCCACAACUUCUAAUCUUAAAAGAAGUCUACGUGGAAAAGGUUGAGAGUAAUAAAACAAAA